AUGGUGGCUUCUCAUUCUUUGUCUUCUAGCACUGUUUUUGGUAUAGGAUUACUACCUACUCCUCAUGUUGGCUUUCUUGGCAACUCCAGUAGAUCAAAUCAUCGUUUUUCUCAUGGUCAAGAGUGUCAAAUUUGUGGCAAACGUGGUCAUACCGCUGCUAAUUGCAAUCAUAGGCAUUUGUCAGCUAUGACUGCACAUACCUUCUACUCUCCAAAGCAAGUGUGGAUUGUUGACAGUGGUGUAUCACAUCACAUGGUUUCUGAUGUUUCUCGUCUCAAUAAUGCAACUCAUUGUGAUUCAAUUAAGCAAGUGACAGUUGGUAAUGGGGAAGGUUUGGCAAUUAACCAUAUUGGCCAUGCUGCUAUUUCUUCUUGCCUUAAACUUCCUAUUAUUUUUCAUGUUCCUCAGCUCAAAGCUAACUUGUUAUCAGUUCAUCAGUUGUGCAAGAAUAAUAUUUGCCUCAUUACCUUUGAUGCUUCUAGUUUUUGUAUACAAGAUAGGUUAACCAAUCAAGUUCUACUUCGGGGCAAGAAUAACAACGGUCUAUACCUCAUUCUGUAUGUUUCUCCAUAG